ACUGCAGCGGCGGGAAGAUUUACAAACUCAGAGUUUAGAGAUAAAUAAGAUCAGUUUGCUUUCGGACGUGAAACAUCUCGAGCGGCUCAAAGUCUGCAGGCUGUCUGUCGCCGUCUGAUCCACUUUCAAAAGGCACUACCGUCUUGGAGAGACAGGUGCUGGAAUGAACAGGUCCAGGUCCAACUGGGACAAAAAAGCCCCCCAGCAUCCGGUCACCAGGAUGACCCGCAGCUCCAGCUCCCAGGCCAGGCACAGCGACCCCGCAGAGACCCAGGAGGACUCUGGGUCAGGUCUGUAUGGAAAACAGCGAAGGAAGCAGGCGGACUCUGCUUUGGCCCAGGACCUCAGUCAGAUGAGUGUGAGUGGACAGGACGGUUUUCCCACAAGUAAAGCAAAGACGUCCAAAGGCGGCAGUGACCCUGUUUCUCAGGCUGCUCGGUCCUCUGGCUCCACACCUGGUCGGGGCAGUCCGUCUGCGUCGGCUGCCAAGACCUCGUCCCGGGGCGGUCUAGCUUCUGUGGCUCGGCUGGUGAAGCUUGGCCGCUGUAAGAACGUGGUUGUGGUGGCCGGAGCAGGAAUCAGCACAGCCAGCGGCAUCCCGGACUUUAGAACUCCAGGAACAGGUCUUUACGCCAACUUGGAGAAAUACAACAUCCCUUACCCAGAAGCUAUUUUCAACAUCGACUACUUCUCCAAUGACCCGCAGCCUUUCUUCUCCCUGGCCAAGGCUCUGUAUCCUGGCAGCCACCGACCAAACUACAUACACUACUUCAUCCGCAUGCUUCAUCACAAAGGCCUGCUGCUCCGAAUGUACACCCAGAACAUUGACGGUCUGGAGAAACUGUGCGGCAUCCCAGAUGAAAAACUCGUGGAAGCUCACGGAAGUUUUGCCACAGCUUCGUGUCACCUGUGUUACACCACGUACCCUGCUGACGAGGCUAAGCGUGCCAUCAUGAAUGACAACGUCCCAAUAUGUACCUUCUGCGCCGCAACAGUCAAACCCGAUGUCGUGUUUUUUGGAGAGGACCUUCCUCAGAAGUAUUUUCUCCACACAAAAGACUUCCCCAAAGCUGACCUGCUGAUUAUUAUGGGCACCUCUUUACAGAUUGAGCCAUUCGCCAGCCUGGUGAACACGGUGCGCUCCACCGUGCCACGCCUCCUCCUGAACCGACACGCUGUGGGUCCCUUUGAGAAGGUCCCACUGCGCAGAGGGGACCACAUGGAGCUGGGUGACCUGGCGGAUACAGUGCAGAGAUUUGCUGAAAUGCUCGGCUGGAACAACGAGAUCGAGGAGCUGAUGAGGAGUCAGGAAACACAGAAGGAUGUGCCUACAUUUAUAAGCAGCCCCUCGUCAGUGAGCGGACACACACCUGGCCAGAGCAGAGCAGCUCCAGAGCCUGCAGGUGUGAUGGAGACAUCCAGGUCCAGACCAGGAGGUCAAAGAGCAGCCAGCAGCGGCGGUGAGGAGACGGACUCAGAGACAGACUGCAAGAGCUCUGCAUCAUCCAGCCCGAGCAACUGACACCGCGUGUUUAACUAACGUCGGCACUGGAAAGGUUUGACACAGUUUCCUCCCUCCUUAAGACUGUUCUUCCUGUACACACGUUACUUUUCAUCGGGUCAUUUUCUGGAAAACGGUUUUCAUUGUGUGCAUUUGAGUGAAAGUGCUCUUUCACUCCUCAUCUGUUCAUAUUUAAAUCAAAAACUCAUUUUAUUAAACUACCAAUAAGCAUAUUUAAAGCACUUAUUAUAGAAGGAGGGUCCCUCCAGAACACUAGUGAAUAAAUAUCUAAGCCCUGUAACAAAAAUAAUGUUUCUUCAGGUGUUUUAUACAUCCCAUGUCUGUUCACUUGUUAAUGUUUUAUA